AUGCUCGCUCUCGCCGUCGCAGCCACUCUCGCCCUCGCCUCGUCGGCGCUCGCCGAGACCACCAUCACGGCAGCUCCAUCGCCGUCGCAGGUCGCCAAGGCCAAGCGCGCAGAGACGUCGCCGCAGCCGCUCACCGACUACAGCUACAGCUACGGCCAGCAGCCGUACCAGGUCAACCCGUACAACGUCGGCCGUGGUCCUCAGUCGGGCUACAACAUCUGCAACUCGACGACGAGCGGGUCCGACGCGCAGUGCCAGACGCUCGUCGCCAACAACGCGAGCGACUUCUGCCUGUGGGGCAGCCCGACGACCGACGCUACGGGCACCAUCGGCGACAUCGAGGCGGCCGUCGUCGCGUACUGCACGACCGAUAAAUGGGGCGCUCGCGUCCUCCCCGAGGGCGCCAUCACCGGCCUCCAGGUCAUGCACACGUCCGAGUACAUCCAGUGGACCGGCCACAUCAACAUGACGGCGCUCAACCUCGUCGCGGACGACACGGGAGGCGAACUCGACCCGCACGGCGCGGACCAGCUCGGCAACCCUCUGGGCGGCAUCGUUUUCUCGACCGGCCUUCCGUCCGCCGUCGGCGGCGACAACUCGACCAUGCAGCAGGUGAUCAGCUGGAACAACUUCGUUGGCUCCGGCGUGUUCUGCAUGAAGUUCUGCGGGCCCAUCUCGUCGCCCAACUACUGCGAGAACCGCUUCGACCUCAUCGGCUGCGAGUACAACAUGCCGGCGGCGUACGAGGACGGCGUCUUCAACGAGUGCGACGGCGACCUCCAGGACGUCGUGGGCACCUACACCGGCACCGACGGCAAGACCUCGACUUGGUCGCAGCCCGAGUCGCUCGCCGCCGACAGCACCCUUCCCUGGACGCCUCGCGUCCCGUCGUCGUCCAACUGCAGGACGUACUCGUCGGCCGACCUGUUCCCGGCCUCGCUCCUCGGGUACCAGACCUCGUCCGGCGCCGCCUCGACGACUUCCUCGGCAUCGUCCAUGUCGACCGGCUCGGCGGCCUCGUCGCGCUCGGGCUCGUCGAGCAAGGGCGCCUCGGCGACGGGUGACUCGUCCGCGGCGGCGCAGAAGACGAGCGGGUCGACCUCGGGCGCAGCGCACGUCGUCGUCUCGGGCGGCGUGCUUGCCUUUGCCGGUGCUCUCGUCGCCGCGCUCGUUUAGACGGGCGCCUCUCUUGUAGAUGCUCUUGACACGGACGCUUUCUCUCUCCCCUC